GAAGUGGAACCAAUUGUAGGAAGCGCAGGUUUCACCCGUUGAGUCCGUCAAUCUUUAGACUCCGACACCGACCACAGUCAUGGCAGCUGCAACACCGACUGUCGCGCAGGAACAAACAUCUAAAAUAGUCUCUCCUCCACCAAUACCAUUCGAUAUAAACAAACCCCCAGUAAUAGAGGGGUUUACACCUUUACCACGGCAGGAGCAAGAAGGAUUCAAGGACAAAUUCAUAAGGAAAACCAAGGAAAAUCCUUUCGUCCCCCUUGGAUGCCUUGGAACAGCUGGAGCACUGAUCUACGGACUGCGAGCAUUCAAAAUGGGCAAGACCCGACAUUCCCAGCUGUCUAUGAGGGCGCGUAUCUUUGCUCAAGGAUUCACUGUUGUUGCCAUCAUUGUCGGCGUUGCAUCCUCAGCAUUGAAUCCUAAGAAUUAA